AUGACCAGCCAUUCACUGACCAUAUGCUCCAGUGUUUCAUCACUGCCCACGUCUGAGGCACCAAAUAGCUCUCCCAUAUUGAAGAGUGACUCUUCCAGCUUGAGGAGGACCUCCCUGGUGACCCCAAACAAGCCUAGAAUUGUAUCACCGCCUCCUACAUCCGAAGCUCCUACUAGCUCUCCCAUACUGAGGAGUAGCUCCUCCGACUUAGAGAGUAGCCCUAUCCCAAUGGUUAGCUCCCACGUCCCAGGUAGCAGCUCCUCCAUCCUAAUGAGUGGCUCCCCCAUUCUGAAGAGUGGCCCCAUCCGGAGCAGUAGCCCGCACACCGCUCAUACUUCUCCCCUCACGACCACUGUGCCCAGUGAGGGUGGCCCCACUUCAGCUACCAAACACGGUCCUCGCAAGCGCCCACAUCAAUACAGCUUACUUGAAGAUGAUGGACUUGAGGAUAAUGGGUACUUUCCCACCAAGAGAUCCAAGACGUUGUUCACAUCGUUCACUUGUAAUCGCCCUGCUGAUAGUGCAGUCUAUUUCACGGAACGCAUGCUUGAGCUUUCUUGUGUCAGUCGCCGCACCUUCGCCGCAAAGAUGGAGUAUCAGCGCCUAUGCGCCGAAGAACUGUCACUGAUAACGGCCAUCGUGCAUGAUGAACUUGAAGAGUCCAAGGGCCAUAUGACUCAAACUGAUUUGCAAAUUGGUUCACUUCAAAACGAACUGUAUGAUGCAGGGGUGGCAGUGAUAGGAAGCAAAGGGAGACCCGGAAACCAAGUACAGAAGGAGGUUGAAUUUGGCAGGUUGUUCCCCGGCCGUGGUGACCACGAGGCUGAUGACAGCAGUGACUCCUAUGAUGCUUCACACAGUGAUAUGGUUUCCGAAUCGUUGGAAUGUCACGGUGGUAUUUGA